AUGGCCGACGAUGUGCUCAGCAAGGCUGGCAUUCACAUCGACGAGAUGAACCGGAUACGGCUUCUGGACCCAGAGAUCUCAGAUACACUGAGUGAUUUGAGAGGACAAGCACGGGAUUUUGGGGCGCAGAUGACGUCAUUUCGAUCGACUACCGAUGGUUUGCUCAAGGCUUUCGAGGAGAUGGCUACCCUGGUGGAGGCACAGAAGUUGCGGGCAAUGGCUGCUCGAGCUGCUCUACAAUCGGUAGAUAAAACAAAGACGACGGAUUCUCGACAGUUGCAGGUAGAGGUCUAUUCUUUCACACUAUAUACGCAGACACUGCGGUUAAAAGCACUGAAGGUCUGUUAG